AUGGGUCCGAUUGAAAAUGAACUUGCUCGACACUCUUUUUCUACCAAUACCAUACAAGAUGACAUGCUCUCUUUCAUGAUCAUUAAUCCUCUUAAUGAGAUUGGCAAUAGCAUGGAGGACUCUAACGGCAAGUGGACAGUAAAGUCAUUUACAGGUGAAGCACAAUGGUAUCAGGUUAAUGUAUCAAACAAUUUGAUACAAAAUUGCACUUGUCCCAAUUUUGCUUCACGUCAAAUUCCCUGUAAACACACACAUCUCCUAAAGAGAUUUAUUGGUCUAGACUUUGCGUAUACAGUUCAAAGGGAAAACAACCACCUCCAACUGCAAAGAUCGCUUGCAUCUGAGCAUGAAGUGGCAGUUGUUAAUGAGGAAGUUGAAAAUGAAACAAACACAGUUGUUGUGGGUGGUAGAAACAAUUCUGUUUGGUUGCAAAGAAUCAUGGCCCAGAAUACAACACUUCAUCAUCAAAGAGAAGACUUAGAGCAGUUGAUGGAUGUUCCAGGAAUUGAUGAAGCCGAAUUACAAGUGAUUAGUGGUUUACUUGGGGAAGCAAUGAAUCGUAUAGACACUCUUAGAAAUGCAAACUCUUCCUGCUUUAGAAAUCUUAAUACACAAAGAUAA